AUGCUGAUCGGCGUGAUCGGCGUAGUUUGCAUUGCGGUUGCAGCAUUGGGCCGGAAAGUCAAGAAGGAGCGAGAGAUGGUCUUUCGAUUGCAUCCCAGUUUCCAGUCGUCACGCUGCAAGCAGAGCGUGCAGCCGAGAGAGAAGCUAGACGACGGCAAGAGGAAACACAAGGAACACGAGGUAAAGGCGGUGGCAGUGUCCAUUGUGCAAGCUUUGGCUUCCGGCUCGACUCGAGCUCGAGUUGUGGACCUCGAGGAGGCGCGCGAGGAGAGUCACACAAAGCGGCACCAUGCAGACAAACAGGAGCAUCAGGAGCUGCCCCGGCAAGAUGACAGGUGCAAGCCACCUUUGGCAGCAGCUGCAUGGCCGAUCCGUCGACUGCCAGCACAGCCGGCUACUGUACGAACAGCACAGGCGGAACGAGCUGUACCAGAUGAGGAGCUGGCUGCACUUGCUCCCGUUCAUGUCAUCCGCCAUGCGCUGCCGCGUGAGCUGGCCGACCAGCUCCUCGUCGAGCUUUUGAGGGAAUCCUUGGACGCGUGGGCGGCCAGCUCUUGGGUCGUGCACGGAAAAGAGUUCACGACCCCGCGGACAUCUGCAAUUUACGAGUUCCGUGAGCUCAAAGGUCUUGGAAGCACAGAGAGAGCCACGGCCAGCUCCUUUCCGAAAUCGAACGUGUGCUCGAGCACAGAUGUUGCAGACGGGCAUGGCAGGGAGGAAAGCCGCGCCAGGUGCGAGCCGUCUGCGGCCCUUCAUCGGGCUGCAACAAUCAUGCAGACCCUAGUGCGUGAAAGAAGGCCGCAAACAAACUGGGAACCUACGCUUGCUCUAGGAAACCGCUAUGAGAAUGGAAGAGCGUGUGUUGGUUGGCAUUCUGAUUUUCUGAACUCCCUUGGGCCACGGCCGAUAAUCGUGGGUCUCUCGCUGGGAUCUUGCCGUCGCUUUUGCUUACGCCGGACAGCAAGAGAUGAUGAGUCAUCACCCACUCAUGCGGAAGCCAUGGUGGCUUCCAUACCGAUGCCCCACAACACAGCUGUCAUCAUGUGGGACGACUGCCAGGAGGAGUGGCAGCACUCGGUACCCCGACAAGCAGAUUCGACAAUCGGGAAGCACCCCUUGGCAGGCCACGUGCGUCUUUCGCUGACUUUUCGCAUGUCGCGUCCAGAGCUUGCCCGGCAUCAGAAGAGCUGCCACUGUGGCAGGCCCAGUGCCCUGAAAAGCAAAGCAGGACGAUACUACUUGGCAUGCAGUCCGAUGGGGGCUUCGAAACAGUGCAGCUUUUGGGAGCCGUGCUCUUGGGCACAAGAAGAGGCCGAACGACUGAGGCAGAGGAUGAAGCUGGAGGUUCUACAUGCUCUGCCACUGCAAGGGCCAGCGCAAGCUGGAUGCAUUUCGCCUCUCGGCGGUCCUUCUCCGUGCCCGCCGCACACGACGCACAAACUCUACGCCGGCCAGGAGAAUCAAACGUCUACAAUGUCGACAGGCAGACCGGCCAGCGCAGCCGGCACAGAUGCUAUUUCGGCUAUGUUCUUCGAAGUGUCUGAUGAUGAUGGCUAG